AUGACCCGCGACCAUCCUGCAUCCCCCAGUAUUGUAUCAAGCCAAUCUCAUCGUGCAAUCAAUGGCGGCAUAGACUCCUUGUAUCAACUCAGGCUGCUAUCAGCACUGCGAAGCGGGGACCCCGCGCGAAUCCAUCCUUUUUUGGCAGACUUCACGAAGGAUCGACGGACGUCGUCUGAUGCGAACGAGGUCGACCUCGGUGCCGCCGCGCUACACCUCGCGAUCCGAUGCGCUACCUGCGAAACAGUAGCGCUCCUACUAAAUCACCGAGCUGUCUAUCCGAACGCCGUAUAUCCUCCUGGUUCCGGAACGACUGCGCUACAUCUUGCUGCUUCCCUAUCCAGGACGGAUGUUGUGAAUUUGCUUCUGGAUCAGGAGGGCAUAGACGACAGCCUCCGCGACAGCGAGGGUAGGACUUGCCUAGAGGUGGCGAGAGGCAAGGAGACGAUCCAUGCCAUUCGCGACUCGAGAGCUUUCCUGACGGCCUCCUACCGUUCUCUCUUGCGCACCUACAUUCUGUCUCCAUCUAACGUGCCGCCGCCCGAGGCGCUCGUAAAGCUGCUCUCUUCGCCCCGGAUACGACUUGUGGACCUGUCGUACCUGGACGAUGCGUCGGGUCGAACCCUGCUUCACGAAGCUGCUCGGCGGAAAGAUCUGCGGUUGGUUGAGCUAGCGGUUCGAGCAGGUGCUGACGUCUUUGUCCGCGACCGGAAGGGGCGGCCCGUGUACGACAGCGCAGGCAAGGACGACCGUGUGCGAGUGUUCCUGCGUCAGUUCACGAACCAGGAUAAUUCGCUGAUCCAAGAGCCGUCGUCGGAGCCGCCAGAACUUAAGGGCUACCUGAACAAGUACACGAACGUCGCAAAGGGAUAUAACACGCGCUGGUUCGUUCUGCACCAAGGCGUGCUGUCAUACUACCGCCAUCAAGAUGACGAGAAUUUGGCCUGUAGGGGGUCCAUCGCCAUGCGCACAGCCGUCUUGACCGUUCCUCCUGGCACAUCCGGGCUGCGGUUCGAAGUGCACUCGACGCCGUCGCGAGGCCACUCGUCGAUACAGAAGUGGUAUCUCAAGGCGAAUCAUCCUGUGGAGGCUUCGCGCUGGAUCGUUGCGCUGCAGAAGAGCAUGGAGAUCGCGAGGCGGCAGGGCGACGAGGACGAGCGGAGGAGCGCGGAGAGCGAUGCGCCUAGCAACAAGCCUUCGUUGUCGGUCGGGACGAGCUCAAUCAGGGUGCAGCGGAAGAGUCGGCUGUCUGUACCGGAUCCGGUUUCGACGGCGAGCUCGACUGGGGGCGAGGGGGAUUCGGGUGGUGAGGCGAGGGAGGCGUCAGCGUCAGACUUCGUUGGCGGCGAGACGCAAGACGAGCGCGAAGAUUCGUCCGAUGCGGGCUCGACGAAGGAGGUUCCGCCACAUGCGACUGCUUUCGAAUUGCAGGGCAACGCGCUCGUUGCACAAGCUGAGCUCGCUCAGCAGCUGCUGUCGAGCUUACACGGGCAGGCGCCUGGAUCACAGCGUGCGGCGGAGCUCACGAAGGCCGUCGACGAUACUUUCAAUACGGUGUCAAGCAUGCUCACGGACUACGUGCACAUGGUGAAGGAUCGGGAAGAGUGGUACAAGGCGAAGCUGGAACGUGAGCGUGAGCGGCAGAAUAUCUGGGAAGAGAGCUUACAGGCCGUAGUGCGCGAGGGAGACAUGCUCGAGAAGGAGCUCCGUUCGCGCUUCCGUCGCAGCCGCGCGCCGAGCAGCACACCAGGCCAGGAGGGCACUAUUACUGCUCGCAAGCGCGCGUCUCAGCUCAUUGGGCAGAUUAGCCCUACUAUGGAGAUUGUCACAACGCCGACGACGGUUACGACUGCGCCCCAGGUAGCGUCCCCCGCCCCCUUGGAGGAGAUCCCGGGCGUACCGAGCGCCCCCUCUCCGGCUGGUACGAUCUCUCGUGGCGUGUUACGGCGACCAUCCGCUACAUCACAAGGGCUGCCUCCUUCCCCUGGUGCUCGCCCAUUCUCGCUUAUCAAAGGUGCAACGCUCCCGGGGACACAGGGGGUCGCGGACGAGGGCGACGAGGGCGAGACGGACGAGGAAGACGAGUUCUUCGACGCGAUCGAGAGCAACACGCUUCCAAACCUCGUCAUCACCCGAUCCCUCAUUCAGCCGCAGGCGAACCGAGAAGCAGCGUUUGUCCUGAGCCGAGAGGUGUAUGCCGCGUACCUGAAGCUGCGGGAUAGACUGUCGAUCUCGAGCGAUGACAGGCCGCCGAUGAGCUUGUGGGCGGUGUUGAAGAAUAGCAUUGGGAAGGAUCUCACUAAGAUCUCGUUCCCGGUAUUUUUCAACGAACCUACGAGCAUGUUGCAACGGAUGGCGGAAGAUAUGGAGUUCUCGGAGUGCUUGGACGCUGCAUAUGCCGAGCAGGACCCUCACCGCCGUAUCGCUUUCGUCGCUGCAUUUGCUAUGUCCAACUACUCCUCGACGAUUGGGCGUAUCGCAAAGCCGUUCAAUCCCAUGCUUAGCGAGACUUUCGAGUACGUACGACACGACAAGCAGUACCGCUACGUUUCCGAGCAAGUCAGCCACCAUCCUCCUAUAUCCGCCUGUUGGGCUGAAGCGCCAACAUGGCGGUACUACGGCGAGGUCGACGCGCAGAACAAGUUUAUGGGCAAGUCGUUCGAGAUCAGGCCGACAGGUGUUGCGCACGCCGAGCUGCUCUUGCCCGAGGAACGCGCGCCCAACUACCCGAAGGCGAAGGGUCCCAAUAGCAAGGGACGGGUCGUGGAGCACUAUAGUUGGAAGAAGGUCACGACGAACAUCUCUGGUUUCAUCCUUGGUUCGCCUACGAUAGACCACUACGGCGAUAUGAUUGUCACGAAUCAUCGCACGGGAGACAAAUGUACUCUCACCUUCAAGCCUCGAGGCUGGCGGGGUAAAGAUGCGUACGAGAUCUCGGGGUAUGUCCAAGAUUCGGGAGGUAACGUCACCUACGAAAUCGCUGGUCGCUGGAACAGCCAGCUGGUCGCCCGCCAGGUCGGGACAGGUGUCGGCCAGCUGCAUCCCGACGUCGCGAUGAACGGCCCCCCCUCUCCUUCGUCCGUGAACGAAUACAUCCUCCUCUGGCGCAACUCAGUCAAGCCACCCUCGCCCUUCAAUCUCACGCCCUUCGCUAUCACGCUCAACGACUGUCCCGAAGAUACCUUGAAGCCUUAUAUUUGUCCUACCGAUUGUCGUCUACGUCCCGACCAGCGCGCAUUUGAGCUGGGCAAGUACGAGCGUGCGAACGAUCUGAAGAACAAGCAGGAGGAAUUCCAGCGAAACACGCGGCGGGCCCGAGAGACAGGCAAGGCGCCGCCGCAUAAGCCGCGGUGGUUCUCAGCGACAACGGAGCCGGAUACGGGCGAGCGCGUGUGGACACCGGCUACUGUCGACGACCAGCUUGAAUAUUGGUUGGAGAGGGAAAGGGUGUGGAACGCGAAACAUGGAAAGGAUGACGGACCGGUAUGGAAGGACGUCGAACAGAUCUUCAUCGACGACGAGCCUUGA